CAGUGACAGCACCGCUGGGGAACAGCGCUGGCAUCGGCUCCAGCUCGCCCCGUGUGAAGCUGGAACGGAGUUCUGUCAAGAUGAGCGGUGCAAACAGUAAAUCAUUAGCGUUUACUGGAGUGCUUCUCAGCUGCCUAGAAACGAUACUUUCAGCAAACACAGCUCCAGAUAUACCUGUUAUUGACCAAGCUUAUUCAAAACUUAGCAACAGUAUCACAGUGGAAUGGAGAGCAGUACCUGGGGCUACUAAUUACAUGCUGACUGCACAAGAUGGAGAUUCCUUUGUUGAAACUAUAGUAAAAAGUUCUCCAGGCACAGUGACAGGACUGAAGCCUGCCACCUUGUACCGAAUCACUGUCAGAUCUAUCAAUUCAGGAGGAAAAAGCCAGCCUUCACCUUUCAGAAAAGUAAAAACAGUCCUGGCUGCUCCGAUUCUGUCUGUUCAUUCUCCAAGUUGUGACUCCAUUGCAGUGAGCUGGAAAGCUGUGCAUAUGGCAGCUGGAUUCUCUGUGUCACUCAUGAGAUCAGAUGGUUUGGGCAGAAGGCUGAAGCAGAACACCACCAAUACCUCCUUGAUAUUUACAAAUCUAGAUCCAGGAACUCUCUAUACUAUCAAGGCUUAUGCCUGGAAUGCCAAUGGAAUGCCUGGAGAUGAUUUCACAUAUAACCAAAGAACAAGUCCUAAUGCACCAGUGGAUGUUAAAGUAUCUUUCAAUAGUGGUGCUUUAAGAGCUGUUGUCUCUUGGAUGCCAACAGAAGGAGCUCUAACUUACAGUGUCGCAGUCUCCAGUGGACUCCUGAAACUGAGGUGUAACACAUCUUCUGCCUCCUGUGUGGUGCCAUCCCUCCAGUGCAGCUCUGAAUAUUAUGUGUCUGUCACAGCACACAACGAUGCUGGAUCCAGUGAACCGACUGAUGCAGUGAGCUUGAAAACAAUUCCUUGUGCACCAGUAAACAUAUCAAUUGAGGAGGAAGAACCUGGUCACUUGCUGGUAUCAUGGUCUAGCGUCAGUUUGGGUCAUUAUUACGUGGUUUUUGUGAAGAGUGAUGAUGGCUUGGAAGUGCACUGCAACACAUCACACACUCAAUGCCAUUUCCAGUCGGACUGUGGUUUCACUUAUUUCAUCAGUGUCUUUGCAUACAACAAGGCAGGACAGAGUCCUUUAGGUGAUGUACUCAAUUACACUACUGCUCCUUGUUGCCCAAGUGAUUUCAGGGCCGUGUUCAUAUCAAGCGACACGGUGCGGGUCACCUGGGCUCCUGUGCGAGGCGCUGACCUGUACGAGACCCGAGCAGCUGGCGGCAGCGGUGUGGUGCUCUGCAGGGACACGGCCACGGCCUGUACCCUGUCGGCCCUGCAGUGCAGCGCCCCCUACAACAUCAGCGUGUACUCCUUCAGCGAGGCUCGGGGCGGCAACACCUCCUGUGCUCCUCAGCACGUGGCAACAGCUCCCUGCAGUCCUGAAAUUAAAAAUAUCUCAAAGGAGGGCCUAUCUGUAAUCAGUGUGCAGUGGCAACCUAUCAAUGAAGAAGCUAUGUACGUUGUCACUGCCAGAGGAGAGGCUGGACUUUGGCAUUGCACAAGCACCAGGAAUUCCUGUACCCUAAUGGAUCUUCCCUGUGGAUCUGCUUUCUCUGUCAGUGCUAUAGCAAGAUCGCCAGCAGGACAGAGCUUACCAAGCUACAGUAUCCCUUUAGAGACAGCUCCUUGUUGCCCUAAUGACCUGAUACUAACUCAAGUGACACAGUCAGUAGCCAAUAUCAGCUGGUCUGUUGGGAGGGGUGCACAGACAUAUGUAACAACACUGGAAUCUCCAAAAGGACGGGCAAAGUGUCACACACUUCAGACCUACUGUCUCCUGGGAUGUAUCACAUGUGGCACCAAUUAUACAGUGUCUCUGAGAGCCAUUAGUGAGACGGGUUUGACAUCCAGCUGCACCUAUCAGGGAUAUUCUUCCAGUGCUUGCUGCCCUUCUGGGGUGAAGCUCUAUAGGCUCAGCAACAAUGGCAUCAGGGUGUUCUGGCGAGCUUCUGAUGAAACAAUAAACUACAAUGCUGAUUUAUGUGGCUCAAAGGGCAAUUUCAGCUGUACCCCCAGCUUGGGUGUGAGUCACUGUGAUAUCACCAAGAUACCCUGUGGAGAUGUCUACACUGUGGUGGUGGCUCCAGUGACCGACAAGGGGCCAAAGCUCACAUUCUGUCCUAAGAAAAUAUAUUCAGUCACCUGUUCUGGAAGCUCUGUUGGAAUGGUUAUUUAUAGAGGAAAGAGCAAUGCAAAACACAUCUAGAUGAAAUUCUGGUUCAGAUAAGGAGGUAAGUUAUAACAAUCACAAUUAAUAUUAGAAUGUAUGAUCUAACUUUUCCUGCUGAUUAAAUCUUUGGGAUUGAAGGGAAAUGCUUCACCUGUCCUGUAUAUCACAAGUGGUUUGUUAAAAUCCAUCAUAUUAACCUCUGAAAUCUCUUGUAACUUUUUUCUGUUAGCAUUACUGAUUUGUCCUCUCCUCCAUUUGUAACAACUUUCUUUCACUUUGUUAAGCCUUUACUUCACUAUGCUGUAAUUCCCCAGAAAAGCCCCUAAAAUCCAAAUAGAUAAAAAUAUUCUUCAGCACUCAUUUACUUUCUCCUGGUGUUCUGGACUACUUUCUGCUCCCGUCUCAGAGGAAUGACAAGAAAUUGCUACUGACUUUUUCUCCCAAGGUUGAUCUCCUUUUUGCUGCUGUUCACCUAAUGCUAUCCUGGAUGUUAAGAUUGUUCAUAACACCAUUCUCCCUAAAUGUUAUUUUCAGUCUUUUUUCCCCUGAAGCUGGAAAGACACGUUUAUUCUUAAGUGCAACACUCACAGCUACUUUAGGACUGGGAGCAGGAAAGCCGAACACCUGAGACCAUAUCUGAGACCUAAUCCAGGCAGGACCUUCUCUCAUACUCCACAGUGGUUACUUUGUCAACCGAGUUUGAAGCAGAGUUUAAAGUCACUGGUUCGACAAACCUGUGUCAUUUAACAGAGUCUUUGGAAGCUCAUAUGUACGAAGGUAUCCAAAGACAACAGGGUUUCUAGCACUAUUUUCAGCUUAUAAAAACAGACUAUCCAUUCUGGAAAUUGCCUUUCUUCAUGGAACACAUUAGGUGCUAAGUAUCUCAGCCAAUGCUUCUGAUCACUUACACAAAAUCUCAGGGGAAUCUCACACUUCAGUUAAGUUGCUUGUAGAUGGCUCAAGAAUUGCAUGCUGCUUCUUAAAACAUGCAUUUAGUCACGCUCAAACAAGUCUUUCUUUAGGAAACAUUAUUUUAAACUGCUCUGCAUUAGUUAAUAGAAAGUUGCUUUUAUUUCUCACUUAAUAAAAAAAAUUAAACAGCCUUCUUUCUUGAGGGUUCUAUAUCAGUAUUUCUUUGCAGAUAUCAUUGCCAAACACUGUCACCACAGUUUUAAGUGUUUAAAGAGACCUAAAGCAAUUGGUUUAUUUUGGAACCAAAUUCAAGCCCUGAACUACUUCUUUUCACCUAAGCAAUUCAGAUAAUUCCAUGCUCUAACAGUAACUCUAAUGUACUUAAAGCCAUUCUAAACUGUUGGUGUAUGUUUUCUUAAUUUUCCCUGAGAAUUAAGAGACUCAAACAACUCAAUUACACACUACAAACAACAAUGCUGUAGUACUAAGCUCCUCUCACUUUUGUCACUGAAGUGUAAUUGUAUCAGAAUGUAUUAUUUGUAUGUCUGUUGGGGAAAAAAAAAAGCAAAAAGCUGAAUAGGAGUAAUGAUUUCAAGAAAAAACACAUUGAUUCAGCUCUAAAAAAGUGUAGGAGAUGUAUACAAUUAGCAAAACAGGGAGGGAAAGUAACACAAUGAAACUGAGCCAGAUACACACCUCCUACUAUGGCGUUGUGUAACCUCAAGGUGUUUUUAUUCAAGCAUUAGAUAUUGUCUAGUAACAAUUGUCUAAUAGUUAACACUGCUGAUACGUGAAACAGCACUGGAAUUCACUGAGCUGAUUAAAAAAAUUGGAUUGGUUGCAGGUUCUCUCCAUACUGAGGUAAACACACUUUUAUGGGUCAUGCUGGCUUCAGAUCCCAGGAAAGGACAAUUAAAUGUCACGUUUUUGUA